AUGCUUACGAGUAAACAGUUCGUGAGGCUAGCAAUAAAGCAGAAAAGCACCAUAUAUCAUGUCCUAUUGAAACCUUCUCAAGAAGAAGGAGAAAAUACAAUAGAGUCAAGUGGAAAGGACGAUUACAUGAAACAGUUAGACAGACUCCUGGAAGAACACAAAGGCGUAUUCCCGCAAAAUCUGCUUACAAGAUUACCUCCGAAAAGAUCCAUUGAAAUAGGAAUAGACUUAGAAAAGGAUGCAAGACCCAAAAUGGGUCCCAUCCAUAAACUUUCAAGAAAAGGGCUGGAAGAAAUGAAGAAGCAGCUAGAAGAAGCCCUUGGAAAUGGAUUCAUACGCCCAAAUAUAAGUCCUUGGGGUAGCCCUCUCUUGUUCACUACAAAGGAAGAUGGUGGCCCAAGAAUGUGCAUCGAUUAUGGAGCACUCUACAAACAGACUAUUAAGAACCAGGUACCCUUACCGAGAAUCGAUGAUGUAUGGGAUCAGGUAGGAGAAUCGAAAAACUUCUCCACCAUUUAUCUAAUAUCUGGGUAUCAUCAAAUAAGGUUAAGGGAUGCUGAUACUCAAAAGACAGCAUUCCGGACUGGAUAUGGUCAAUACGAAUUCCUAUUUGUCCUUGUCUACUUAGACGACAUCCUUAUCUACACAUCAACUAUACGAGAAGCACUCAAAGUAGAAGAUACAACUUUUCAGUGGGGCCCUUCACAAAAAGGCGCAUUUGAAGAACUGAAGAGCAGACUAAUAGAGGCUCCCGUACUUCGAUAUGCAGACCCCAGUUUACCGUAUGAAGUAACUUCUGACGCAUCUCAAACAACAGAACGAGGUUACAGUACACAUGAAAGAGAACUUCUCUCUAUUGUGUACUCUUUACAAACUUGGAGACCAUACCUACACGGCUCGAAGUUCAAGAUACAGACUGGCCAUCAUCCAUUAAAAUCCUUGGAUUCACAACGAACCUUAUCCCGAAAACAAACCCGAUGGGUUCAAUUCAUGCAAGAGGUGGAUGAAAAUAUUCUCAAAGGCCAUGAACGCGAGUACAGAAAGGACCCAGAUUUCAAAAAUGCGUUGGGAAACCCAGUUGCCCCGUUCAGUAAGAACAGAACCAGCAUUUACUUUGAGAACAAGCUUUGUAUUCAAAAAUGCAGGAUCAGAGAAAUCAUGUUGCACGAUAAUCACGAAUCUCUCCAUGGUGCACAUCGAGGACUCAAAAAGACAUUACAGUUUGUCAGGAGACAUUUGUAUUGGCCUAGUAUGAACAAAGAACUACAUGAAUACAUCAAGACAUGCCCGAAGUCAGAGGUUUUCUACUACGAAAUAUACAAACAUCACGGUCUUCCAAGAAAGAUAAUAUCGGAUCGUGACACAAGAUUCACAAGUGCUUUAUGGAAUGCAAUCAUGAAGCUACUACGAGUCAAGUUAAACAUAUCAACCGCCUUCCAUCCUCAAACAGAUGGACAAUCAGAAAGAGCAUUCAGAACAUUGGAAGAAAUGCAACGAUGCCUUGUAAGCUAUACUAGAAGAGACUGGAGUAAACACCUACCAGGACUCGAGUUCGCGUACAAUAAUCACAUAAGUGACACAACUAAACAAACUCUUUUUUCCUAG